UGGACCCCUGCUGUAACAUUCUAUUCUUGUGUCUUUGUCUUUCUUUUCUCAUUCCCUCGUCACUUCUGGGACCGGGAGCACCCACGCACAGGAUUGGGCUGCUUCCCAAGGUCUGUCGCUCAACGUGGAUUCCCUGUGUUCCUGGUGAAGAGACGCUCGAGCGUGGUCAUUUGCGGGGAGCAGUUCAUCGAGGAAUUUCCGGGAACGUGUUUCUGUCGGCCUAGCGGCUCUCAACUGUCUGCUGCAUUCUUGGAAAGUUCUGGAAAGAAGCAUGUGCUCCAGAGGUUGGUUUUGGUGUCUGGCUCUGGAACUGCUACUGCUGCAUCUGUUAGUCCUCGCUACCAGCAUUCAAGGUGAUUCGGUAGAAGUUAUAAACGCGGUCUCCGGCGGCAAUGUGACUCUGAGCAUCUCUGAGAGCCUACCUGAGAACCUCCAAGGAAUAACCUGGUUUUAUACUUACAACCUGAAGAUUGCAGACUGGGAUGUCAGAAGACUUAGGUACUAUGAAAAUAGAUUUAAAGGCAGGGUCAGACUCGAUGCUCAAAGUGGCGUACUGUACAUGUCUAAUGUCCAGAAAGAGGAUGCCAACAUCUACAUCUUCAGGGUGUUGAAGGAGACCAUGUUUGAGCAAGAAUGGACCGUCAGGCUGCAGGUGUUCGACCCUGUACCCAAGCCUGACAUCAAAAUUGAGAAGACAGCAAAAGUAGAGGAUGACUGUUAUCUGAAACUGUCAUGUGUGAUACCUGACGAGUCUGUAAACUACACCUGGUACGGGGACAAAGGGCCCUUCCCAAAGGAGUUCCAGAGCGGUGUGCUGGAAACCACCCUUAAGUCACAGGAUUACUCCAGGUGUUACACUUGCCAAGUCAGCAAUCCCGUGAGCAGCGAGAAUGACACAGUCUGCUUCAGUCCACCGUGUACCCUGGUCCGGUCCUUUGCUGUGGAAUGGAUUGCAAGUUGGCUAGUGAUCACCGUGCCCACCAUUCUUGGCUUGUUAUUUACCUGAGAUGAGCUCUUUUACCUCAAGUGAAACUCCGAGGCCAGAGGAUCUUGCCUGCCAGUAACCAUGCUCCUCACCGGGACCGAAGCUGUAAAGGAUGAGCCGUGUGCUGCUGAAUUAUAUCUGAGAAUUUUCAGGUUAAUGUUUAAAAACUGACUAUUAAUUAGUUUUAUAUCGUCUUUUAGUUUUCUAGUACACAUAUAGAGAUACACAUGCAUUUUUCCCACCAAAAAUUGUAACAACACUAUGUGAAUGUUUUGUUUUUUAAAAAUAAAUACUGGAUAUGAUUGUUAACUAACUGGA